AUUCAAUCCUCUUUUCGCAAAGCGAUCAGCUGUCCAACAUUUAUUAUGGUCCACCAGCCAAAUGAAUAAACAACACUUUGGAGGACACACGUGUGGACACAAGGAGUACAAAGAAAAAAAAUGAAGAGUAUGAACUUUUAUUUAGUGGCCCAUCUAAAAGCCCAUUAAUUCAGCACAAGUUCCACUAGCCCAGACGUUUCUUUAACCUAGCCUUUUCACUGCUCCAGCGAAGGCACAGCCGCCACCGUUUCUUGAUCUCCCAUCUUCAUCUUCUUCGUAGCGCCGGCGCUCCAUCUUCCGCUCCCUCCCUUAGUCGCGCUCGGCACGCGGGUGACGGCGGCAGUGGCGGCACUCAGGAUCGGGCUCUCAGCGACGGCAUCAGCGGUUUCCCCUCCCGCUUCUCUCCAGUCGCCUCGCGCCCUCGCCUCCGGUCCUCCGCACACCAGCCGAUAUAGGGUGUGAGACUACCAAAACUCGAAAAUGAACAAGGGAAAGAUUUUUAAGCUAGCCAAGGGAUUCAGAGGAAGGGCGAAAAAUUGCAUAAGGAUAGCAAGAGAGAGGGUGGAGAAGGCGCUGCAAUAUUCAUAUAGGGAUCGACGCAACAAGAAGAGAGACAUGCGGUCUCUUUGGAUUGAGCGCAUCAAUGCUGGUACACGCCUCCAUGGGGUGAACUACGGCAAUUUCAUGCAUGGGUUAAUGAAGGAGAACAUCCAACUCAACAGGAAGGUGCUCUCGGAGCUGUCAAUGCACGAGCCAUACAGCUUCAAGGCUCUUGUCGAUGUGUCUCGGAAUGCAUUUCCUGGCAACAGGCCUGUUCCUGCCAAGGAGGGGCUAGCGAGCAUUCUGUAAACGUUUUCUUCCCAAUAAUUAAACUUGAUGGUUUACAUCUACAUCUGAAAGUGACCUGUCUGCUUGUAACGUGACGAGGAGGUCCGAAAUUGUCACGGGCAUUGCACGUGUUAUUCCUCUAUUUUUUUCCCACCUAUCUAAUUGCAUGCUUUGUACCUCAUGCUUAUAAGUUUUCUGAAGAACGUGUUCCAUUC